AUGGCUCAGCAGGGCAUAUUCCGGGUGCCCGGGUCACAGGUGGAGGUCAACGACAUUAAGAACUCAUUUGAGAGAGGGGAAGAUCCAUUGGUGGACGACCAGAACGACCAUGACAUCAACUCGGUGGCGGGGGUCCUCAAGCUGUACUUCAGGGGUCUUGAGAACCCCAUCUUUCCCAAGGAACGCUUCCUGGACCUCAUCUCCACCAUCAAGCUGGAGUCUGGCACGGAGCGAGCGCACCACAUCCAGCAGAUUGUCGUCACGCUCCCUCGCACCAUCAUCAUCGUCAUGAGAUACCUGUUCUCGUUCCUCAACCAUCUGUCCCAGUACAGCGAUGAGAACAUGAUGGACCCCUACAACAUCGCCAUCUGCUUCGGGCCCACCCUGAUGCCCAUCCCCGACGGCCAGGACCCCGUGCUCUGCCAGGCGCAGGUCAACGAGGUCAUCAAGACCAUCAUCGUCCACACCGAGGCCAUCUUCCCGAGCCACCGGGAGCUGGAGGGGCCGGUCUACGAGAAGUGCAUGAGCGGGGGGGAGGAGUAUUGUGACAGCCCUCACAGUGAGCCGGGCACCAUCGACGAGGCCGACAACGGAACGGAACCGCCCACCAGCGACGAAGAGAUCGAGCAGAUCGAGGCCAUCGCCAAGUUCGACUACGUGGGCCGCAGUCCCCGCGAGCUGUCCUUCAAGAAGGGCGCGUCCCUCCUGCUGUACCACCGGGCCUCCCAGGACUGGUGGGAGGGCCGGCACAAUGGCGUGGACGGCCUGAUACCUCACCAGUACAUCGUGGUGCAGGACAUGGACGACGCCUUCUCCGACAACCUGAGCCAGAAGGCGGACAGCGAGGCCAGCAGCGGACCCCUGCUGGCCGACGACAAGAGCUCCUCCAAGAACGGCGCCCACUCCCCCUGUGAGCAGUCCCCCGAAUACAACUUUGGAGGGAUGAUGGGGAGGGUGAGGUUACGCUCCGACAGCGCCGCCCUCCCGAGGCAGCGGGGCGGCCCGGACACCCAGAGCCCCACCCGGGGGGCCGACACCCCGCCCAGGGCCGCCGCCUGCCCCAGCAGCCCCCACAAGGUGGCCCUCCACAAGGGCCGCGUCGACAGCCCCGAGAAGAGGCGCCUGGGCACCUUCGGCAGCGCGGGCAGCAUCAACCACCCCGAGAGGAAGGCCUACCCCGAGGGACACCCUCUGAGGCCCGUCCCGGGGAACACCCGCCACAGCAGCCUGGGGGACCACAAGGGCCUGGAGACGGACGCCCUGGCCGAGGACAUCGAGAAGACCAUGAACACGGCGCUGCACGAGCUGCGGGAGCUGGAGCGCCAGAACGCCGCCAAGCAGGCCCCCGACGUGGUGCUGGACACGCUGCUGGAGCCCGCCAAGGGCCCGGCCCCGGGGCCCGGCUCUGAGCCCGGCAGCCCGCUGCACACCAUGGUGAUCCGCGACCCGGACGCCGCCAUGCGGCGCAGCAGCAGCUCCACCUCUGAGAUGAUGUCCACCUUCAAGCCCUCCUCCUUCUCCGCCCGGCUGGCCGGCGCCCAGCUGCGCCCGCCGCCCGCCCGGCCCGCCCGGCCCCCGCCCACCACGCACCGCUCCAGCAGCUCGGGGUCGUCGGGGCUGGGCAGCCCCGCCGUCACCCCCACCGAGAAGAUGCUGUUCCCCAGCCCGGCCUCCGCCGCCACCGCCGCCGCCGCCACCGCGGGUGUGCACGAGGCCGGGGAUAAGUCGGGCACCAUGUAACGGGGGGGGGGGGGGGUGGGGUCGGGGUGUGUGAAGGGGAGGGGUGGAGGAGGGGUGGAGGAGGGGUGGUGGAGGAGUCGCAUGCGGAAAUGGGUUUCGAUGGUAAAAAAAAAAAAGAAAAAAGCAGGCCGGUCGAGGAUUGCCUCCCGGUUUGGUUUGAGAGUGCGUGUGUGUGUGUGCUCAUGCGUGCGCGCGUGUGCUCUUACGGUGCGCGUGUGUGCGCACGUGUGCGACUUGAUUAAUGAAUUCACAAAGGUCCUUGAGCGAGCCUGUGUUUCCAUGGUGAUGAAAGAGUUCUGGCAAGGAUUGACAGCGACUGAAUCAAACGUAAACCACGGAAGCGAAGCGCUUUUUAAGUUUUACCUCACCGAUAUAGGAUAAGAAAAAAGAAAACUAAAGUUUGUGGCCAUGUUCUCUUUUCAGAGAUACAUUGAAGGCGCUACGUGUGUACAGUUUUGGCAUUAGUGUUCUAUGGUUUAUAUUGGUGAUGUUUCAGUCACUGCUGUAGGUGUUAAGGAUCUUGUCUCGGAGAUUCAGAUAUAAGCGGCAGCGGGCCCACCAUUAGGCUGUACAUAAAAUAAAAAGAUACUUGAAGUUGUGUUCUGUUUGUAUUAUAAAGUAUUGGAUGUUUAGGGGACUUAUAAGAGAACAUUGUAUGAUUUUUGUUUUUUGGGAACACCCGAAAGGGGACCGUUAGAAUAUCAUGGUGAAGGAUUCCUUUAGCAUUGCUCCUUCCAGUGGGCAAAGUUAGCAUUAGUCGUGAUGAACGGAAGUUGUCUAAACUCUCUCCAACAUGUAUUCACAUCCGUUCGAACCGUAUUUCUUCGUCGAUGCCUUCCCUCUCUUUUAGAUGAGUGAAUUGUUUAUACCCCUGCCUUGCUUCAACCCAAGCCGCCCAAAACCUCUGCAGGUAUAAUGGGGGCUUGCUGAAUGGACAGUGGUCUUUCAGCUAGAUACUCUUAAGCCAGUUCACACACACACCGCAUGACUCAGUCCAUGAUGAAGAUAGCGUUGAACACAGUUGGGAAUAUUUGAUCGUGCUAAUUAUGCACAUGCCGGGGGGGGCCUGUCAUCAGAUAGGCUACUGGUAUAAAUUUGGCAACCUAAUUGGGGCGACGUCGGUCCCCUUUGAGGUUGUUGUCACUACUGCCAUAGAUGGAGAGUUCCACACAGGGUGGCCGCGAUGAUUACUGUGCAUUUUAAGUCGUCUGGGUGAGGAUGAGUUGAAAAAAUUAAGAAAGUCAUCGUCCCCCACUUUUAUGUUUCUUGACUUGGUCUUUUAGGAAAUGUGUUAGAAAACUAAACUCAUACUAUGAAGUAUUUGCUGAGGAAAUCUGUCAGAGAGAAAAAAAAAAAAAAAAAAGCACAUGUAUUUGUAAAUAAUGUGUUGUAAUCUUGUAGAGGUCAAUGCUUAGCAGGGAUUUACAUCAAGGGGAUUGUUGUAAAUGUGGCGAACUUCAAACCACACAAUAGGAUCUUUAUCAUUCCCUAAUGCUGAAACGUACAAAGUCCAUCGACUGUUUCUACUUUGCAUUGUCCACGUUGUUUAGCUGAUGAUGAUGCUGCUCAACAGUGUUCCAACAUAACGUCCAUUGCUAAUUAAUCCUUACCAAAAUAAUUGUGAAAGACAUGCCCACAUUUCACAUAAAAUGCAAUAAAGGAUCUUUUAAAAAUCGAUUAAAAACUCAAAUAAUCUCAAAUGAUUCAUUAGAAAAAAGAUCGGAAAUCCAACGUGUAGCCUGUGAAGUCCCCUCGUAAUGUUGUUCUCUUUACUAUGCGCAUACUAGGCUUGAUGCGACUGACUGUACUCGUCUGUAUUGGUUGAUAUAGACACACUCUAGUAGUAACUCACUCCCUUUCAUGUAGGGGAAUAAUAUGACUUAUAUUUCAAAUAUCUGUACUCUUCUGUAUCUCUGCGAUCGUCCAGAAACUCUGUAUUUAGCAUCCCAAAGAACGUGCAUGUUUUUGCGGUGUAUUGUCUGACGAGUUAAACAAUAGCUGUGCGUGGUGCCUUGGUGGUUUGGUCAAAUGCACAAAUACUUAUACUUUCCUUUUUGAGGAAACAACAAAGCCCUGUGUCAAGAUCACAAGUGACCCAACGAAAAAAGAAAAACAUUUAAACCUCAUGUAAAAGUUGAACAACUGCUGAACUCAAAUAAGCCUGGACUUUAGCAUGAAUAUUAAACACUGAUUCCAAUUUUAUAGUUAGUCCUCUGAGCUGCUUUUCCUGGUUCAAAACUGGAAUGCUUUGCUUGCAUCUGGAUUUAUUUUUUAUAUGCCAUAGACAGAAUAUCCAUCAUGUUCUGGAUUUCUUAGGGACAGAGUAGGUAACGGUGACCAACGCCUAACAUAGCCAUAAAACAGUGCACUCAUACCCUCUGCUGGCUGCUAGUGGUAUUGCUUCUAUCUAUCUCUGGGCAUUAUGACAUUCAUCUUAUGAUACUCAUAUUGAUAAACUGAUGCAAUCAAACAAAAAAUGUGAUGUUGCGACUGUGAAUAUCGCAUUGACAAUUUUGCAAUAAUUGUUCCAGUUUAUCACCUAUAUGAUCAUAGAUUUCUUUGUUUUUGACGUUUUUGCAUUUUUUGUUAAUUUAUAAACCCUUUGUACAAGAGGAGUAAACCAUUUUAAAGUGCCUUAUGUGCACAUCAUCGUUUUUUUAUUGUACUUUUUAAAUUAAAUUUUAACUGCAAGAUGUUUGUCUUAAAACAGUUGUCCCGUUUGGUAAAACUUAAAUUCUUUCAUUUUUCCUUUUCUGUGCUCUUCGACUAAAAAUUAAUUUACACACACACACACACACACACACACACACACACACACACACACACACACACACACACACACACACACACACGUAUCAGGAAUGCAUUAGAAAUGUCAUGCCUCUAAUAGCUGUACAAGGAAGGAUUAUGAGUGACUGCUAUGCUGUUGAAUGGCAAAAAGGUAACCACGAUGAAGACUACUGUACACUCCACACUGAUUCACUUCAGUCAAAUCUCAGAAUAGUUGAAAGAGGAGGGGUCUCUUACUUGUGAAAUGCCUGUACUGUGUUUAAUCUGUGAACUCUUAUGAUUUAGCUCCCUCCUGCCCCCACAUGAGGUGUCCCAGUUAUGCUGGCUAGUAUGGUAAGAUCACAACUGAUGAUUAUGAAAUGAUUAACCUCUUUAUUGCACGGUUUUGUAUAGGACACCGGGCGCAGUGUCCACUCUUUUGCUAAUGUGAUGUUCAGAUGACUAGCUCUUCAUUAUUUGUUUCUGGAAUCUAUGCUGACAUGGAUAAUGCUCUUGGUCUGCCACUAUGACAAGAGUGUGUGCUGUGUGCAUUGUCAUAUUGUUAAAUUCUCUGUCUCUCUCUCUCUCUCUGUCUCUCUCUCACUCUCUCACUCUCUCUCUCUUUAAGCGUUUGUCCAGUGAUCCUGUCUGUUCAUUGGGGGGUCUGGUGGGUUGAAAUCCUGUGAUGUACAUCAUACCAGUCUGGAUGUUGAGAACCUGUGUCCAAAUAAACCAUUGUUGCUCUAUGA